UAUAGCCUCGUGACGUCACAUCCCUUCAACAAACAUGGCGGCGGUAGCUAUCUGUGGUAGUUACGGAACAGCUUCUUUUUAAAUAUAUUUUAUACGUGACUCCCAACGAAGCCGCCUAAACGCGCCAUGGCUGCUGAAAACCGGGACUUGAUUCAUGUUGGUGGAUUUUAUGGCCGAGUCGGAAAACGGAAGUGUAGCAUCUCACUCCGGGAUGUUAGCUGAGUCCUAGCACAAUCAGAAACAGAUUCAUGGAGUCUCUCGGAACAAUGGCCAGUUUCUUCUCUCAGAAGGUCAAAGAAAAGGUUGUAUUGAUACAACAGCUGUCACUCAAGCACAGCGCAGAGGCUCAUGGGAUACGUGGUCCAGCUGAACGCCCUAGACUACAAUCCCCAGUACGGAACGGGGCGUAUCGUUCAGUUCGAUCCAUGGUGGAGAUGGAGCUAAAAGCAGGCGCAGUCGACUUCUCCCAUCGCACAGAUUCGGGCUGCAGGACGCUGCUGAGGCUGCAUCGAUCUCUGCUGUGGUUGAAGCUGAUGUUGGAGGGUCUAGCUGAGGGACCGGAUGCAGACGGACAAUACAGGACACCUGGAGAGCUCAGUAGGGACGCCUACAUGGUGGCGUUGGCCCCCCACCACCCCUGGGUGCUCCGUCAGGCUGCCGAGUUCGUCUUCCUCGCUCUCCCAGACCGGCAGUACUUCCUACAGCUGGUUUGUGUUCAGAACCAACAGGAGGCUGUGCCCAUCCUGCGCAUCAUCAUCCAUGCCCUGACGCUGGUGCACACGAGAACUCAGCAAAUACUGGCUGAACAUGGCAUGCUGGAGCUGCCGUGAUCGACAGACAUCAGCACCCUGACGCUUGGAAAUGCUCUCCGCACACGCCACAAGCACACUGAGGUUCUUCCACGUGACUCCAGGCGUGUUUGAUCAGGCUGCCCUGGAUCUUGUACCACACUCCACAGACUUUACAGGACGCUUUGCUCCUCUCGACAGUAGACCUGGGCGCUCGCUUCCUGC